AUGUCAGGUACGCCGUGGGUGAACGGCACGGUGCUCUGCGCGGUGGCGUGCAAUUUGACUUCCCUCGACGCUGUCCCACUGCUCUGCAGCAGCAGCAGUAGCCGCGGCGGCAGCGACAACGACGACGACGACGACGGCAAGACCGGAAGGGCACGGCAGCAGCCACAGCAGCAGUUACGCAUCACAGAGGCGCAACUCAGUUUUAACGCUAUAAGUGCGAGCUCGCUUGGACGUCUUGCGUGUCUCACGGAUUUUCUGCAUACCCUUAUCCUGGACAACAAUGAUUUGCGGGAUGUGGCAGCACUCCCGCGACUGCCGAAGCUGCAGCGGCUUUGGCUGAACAACAACCGACUUGCCAGCCUUGACGACGUAUUGAAGGUCGCCGCCCGGCAGUGCAACGCGCUGACGUACCUGUCACUGCUGCGCAACCCGUGCUGCCCGAGUGAGCUGGACGGUCACCUGCCAGCGGAGUACGCGCGAUACCGUCUUUACGUCAAGCAUACGCUGCCCAGCCUCGUGCGGCUCGAUUCAGAGGGUUUCACGGAGGCAGAGGCGCAAGAGGCGAGGAAGAAGGGUCAGUUUGCGCGGCCGGCACGAGCAAAGUGUGGUGUGGGAGAGGCAUGGAAAGAUAAUAACGGCACAAGAAGCGCAGUGAGUGGUAGCGGCAGCAACAAUGGCGAACAGGUAGAUCUGUUUGCUGUCUUUGAUGAAGAGCGGCGUGAUGGAGGGGGAGCUGUCACGUAUCUGUCGAGUCGUCGCCAUGUGUAUACUGGGCGGGGAAGUGAAGGGAAUCGCUUUAUCCGCGAUGACGUGCUGUGA